AUGGCCCCAGUCGAUUUCACUCUUACUCCUCGUGCAACAGAUGAUGGAUGUCCAAGUACACUCUCGGGUGGUGCCAUAGCAGGUAUUGUGAUCGGAUCUAUUGCCGGCACUCUGCUUCUUAUGUGGGUAUGGCAUCUUUGUCGAAUGCCUGGGGCGUUAAGUGGUGGAGAGACGGAUGUCGGAUAUCGACCACCAAUUACUCGAUCUCGGGGCCAUAGAAGGAGAAGCACUGGGUCCUAUAUUGAUGUUGUUGAGAAACCUCGGUCUCGCAGUUCACGGAGAUAUCGGGAUGAUGUCCGACGCCCGGCUAGAGUGUAUGUCAGUUGA